CACGACAAUGGACAACAACAACAACAACAACAACAACAGCAAAUCCAAGCCACAAGAUACCAGAUCAAAACAAGACAAACAAGACAUCGACACAGACCGCAUGAGCGCAAGACGAGCCGUGGUCGAGAACUGCCGCAGCAGCGACAGACAACUUCUACUCUUUCUCCAACCAAGAAUCCUCUCAGAUCGCUAAAAAUGGAUUUCCAAUCUGGAAGUCGUGGCUGCUUCAACUGUGGCGAUGCCUCUCACCAGGCUCGUGACUGCCCUAAGAAAGGAGUCCCUACUUGCUACAAUUGCAACGGUCAAGGACACGUCAGCCGCGAAUGCCCUGCCCCUCCCAAGGAGAAAUCCUGCUACCGAUGCGGCCAGACUGGUCACCUUUCUCGCGAAUGCCCUCAAUCCGCCGGUGGUAACAACAGCAGCUUCGGCGGCAGCGGCGCCCCUGGCGGCGGAUUCUCUCGCGGCCCCGGCGGUGGUGGCCAGGAAUGCUACAAGUGCGGCCAGGUCGGUCACAUUGCGCGCAACUGCUCGCAGGGCGGCGGUGCCCCCUAUGGCGGCGGUGCUGGUGGUGCUGGUGGUGGCUUCGGUGGACGCCAGCAGACCUGCUACUCGUGCGGUGGAUACGGACACAUGGCGCGCGACUGCACGCAAGGCCAAAAGUGCUACAACUGCGGCGAAGUCGGUCACGUCUCGCGCGACUGCACCACUGAAGCCAACGGCGAGCGCGUUUGCUACAAGUGCAAGCAACCUGGCCACGUCCAGUCUGCCUGCCCCAACUAA